AGAUUUAAUUCCACACUUUCUAUUGUAGAUCACCAAAAAGCUGGCUGGCCACAGCAAAGGAACGGCUCUGUGGGUGUCGUCAGUCAGCAAUGAACUGGGCCAAAUAUUGAAUAGUGUCCUGACUGUCCAGGAGGGUCCAGGACUGGACAAAAUGGCUGCAGGACUGAUGGAGCGGUACCGCCAGGCUGGGGCUGCACCUCCAAAGGUGCUGUAUGUGGACUGUGGCUGCUGUGUUAGUGAAGGCCUCAGCAAGCUGCAGGCCAGGUUUGGAGGGUGGCCAGAUAUUUACAUUCGCCUGGACAUUUGGCACUUUAUGCGGAGGCUGGCUGUUGGUUGUACCACGGAUGCCCACCCUCUGUAUCCUGCUUUCAUGCGGGCACUGUCCUCCUGCAUUUUUGAGUGUUAUGCAGGGGACCUUGACCUUCUUCGACGAGCGAAAGAAAGGCAGCUCCAGCAGGAACAGAGGCCAGGUAUAACCAACACCAUGGUGGACAGGCAGAUAACCAAGGAGGAGUUGAGUAAUUCCUGUCGUAGGAGAACACGGGGAGAGGACAUCACUACUGUCCUUAUUGAACGACUGCUGGAGGAGCUGAAUGGUCCAAAAGGGAGAGAUUUGAUGGGGGUUCCCUUACUGGAUGAAGUCAGGAUAAAACACAUCUGGGGUGUCCAAAAACGGCAUGUGAAAUGCAUUCAGGAUGUUGCAGGGAUUCAGUUGUACACUGAGGGGGGCAGAGUCAACAAGAGCGGAAUCAAGUUGACACGUUAUCGCUGUUCACGAGGCUCUACAUCCCUGGAGUCAUUUCAUUGUCAUUUAAACAGGUUUAUUCCAGGAACCAGUGCAAACUUACUGAAUUUCCAGCUCUACCUCCUGGAAGGCCUGAAUAGAUGGAAUCAGGAUCGGGGUUCUGCAGCAGUGACCAACAAACCAUCAUCUCUUCUGACAUAUGCUGGAGACAUGACUCGGUCCAUAAAUCAGAACAGCUUGAAGGUGCUGGGACGAGAGUACGUCCCACAAUUUAUGCCCCCUUCAAAGUACACAGGUGAGCUACUGGGCGUUGACUACCUUCUAAGUCAAACAGGAAAGCCACUGAAACCCCAGCCUGACUCAGAAGAGACAGAUGUUCUGCUGGAAGAUGUGGAGGCUAAUGUAGCAGAGGAAGAUGAAGGCUUUGUGGACGAAGAAGCUUUGGACUUUCUAGUAUCAGAGCUAGACGAUGAGACCCUUUUCUCAGCUACAUCACAGCUCGAAUCCUCCACCCAGCCUGCUGCCUCCACCCAGCCAGCUGCCUCCACCCAGCGUGCUGCUCCCUCCACCCAGCCUGCUGCCUCCACUCAGUCUGCUGCCUCCAUCCAGUCUGCUGCCUCCACCCAGCCAGCUCCCUCCACCCAGCCAGCUCCCUCCACCCUGUCUGCUGCCUCCACCCAGCCUGGCAUUGCUGAGCCUAUGUCAGAGGGUUUAGAUGAGGCCGGUGUACCAGGCCUGGACAAAGUUGACAGCUUGGCUGAGUAUCUGGUGGAGCUAAGGAGCAAAACCUCACUGGUGCUGACCAACCAGGAGGUGAGCUGCAUUGUUGCUCUGUGGCAGAACCUGCUGGAUUUUGAUAAACAGAGAACGGUAUUUGCUGCAAGACAUCAAGAAAGAUUGAACACUGGGAGGUUUCGGUCCCCCAAGAAGAGGCAAGAAUUUACUCCUGGGGUUGAGAGUGUAAAGAGGCAUGCUCUAACCACUCCAGCCCCAUCUGCCCAAUGGCCAGACUGCUGCCGCUUGGUGGAGACCAUCUUUGUCCGACUGUGCAAUAUCCAUCGUAGUCCAAAGAAAAGAGGAGCAGGCACAGUCUCCAGGUGGGAUUUGAUCCUACAAGACUAUAGAAAGAUCAGGCAGCUCGUUCUGGCGAAUGGAGCUGUGAUGGGGCAGACACAUUUGCAGCUAGUGGAUGUUAGCUACACCACCCUGGUUCAGUGGCAUAACAGAAGGGUCAAAAGGCAAGAGACCGCUGUGGUACUUCAAGGGCUAAACCUUCCCAGCCAGUUUUCUGUAGCUGCUGACCCGCUUCUGCCUGCAAAUAUACGCCCGCAUUACGGCGUACCACAUUCAGGGCCACUGCAUACAUAUAGGCUACCAUCCAACACUGUGGGGCAGUCAAAAUUAAAAAGAAAGCUACAAUUCACUGAUGGGACAAAUCCAUCAGGACAGCGGCAGGUUCUCUCUGCCCCACCCAAAAGGCCUGAGCUAGUGGCAAUUACUCCAAUGGCACCACAGGGAUCUGUUAUCCUCACUACCCAACAGCAACAGAGUUUGUGGAACCUCUCCACCCCUCCUCCACAUGCUUAUCCUGUGGCCCCUGCUCUGGCCCCUGCUCUGGCUCCCAGAGCAGCCCCUGCUCAACCUGGUAGAGAACCUCGAAAAUUGACUCGCAAAGUUUUGCACAAGACAUGCAAAAAAUGCGGGCAGUUUAGAAUAGCUGAAACAGGACACAGCCAAUAUAGAGGGCAAAUUUACUGUCCCUCUAAUGAAAGUCUCACUAAAGAGCAGUGGCUGGAACAAAUUAAAAAGAAAAAAUAAACAUUUUCUUUAUUUUAAAUAACUUCACUAACAGUUUCAUUUUAUAUA